AUGGAUGACGAGGAUCAAGUACUAUGUGAUUUGUUUUACCUCCUUCUCCGCACGAAUGCGUUUUUCUUUUGACGACUUUGAUUUGGCUGCAUGACAAAAAUGUUCCUGAAAACGAAAACCGACAAUACAAAACAAAAAAACACAACAGAAUGAGUUCGUGACGGAGCAGGUCCAAGAGAUCGCCAAGCACGCAAUCCAUCAGACACUGGGGAACAGUGUGUACAACAAGGAAAAGGUCAAUGGGUGGUGUGGGCAGAUCGUGGAUGCCUGCCUCAAGGAGCUUGCAAAGCUCAACAAGCCCUUCAAAUAUGUCGGUAUAGAAAUAUAGAUUUGUGAUGUGUUUUUGCACGCGGCACUUGUCCUCGUCGCGAAAAAUUAUGAAUAUCGCGAUACAUUGUUGAUAUCGAACACGAAAACAAGAGACGAUGAAACCACAUUGAUCAUCACGUUUACAACUACAGUUACGUGCGUCAUAAUGCAGAAAAACGGGUCACCGUUGCAUACAGCCGCAACGGCAUUCUGGGACACGAAGACCGAUGGUAUCAAGUUGGAAGUUGGAAUACUCUUUGCUAAAUCUAAUAUUCUCAGGCAGUGCUGCGAAUGUGAUGCAGACUGCUGUGGUAACUCGCAUGAUGCGAACUAAUGUACUGUAUGACAUCAGAGACGUCGUCUUCUGUACGCAAUUAUAGCUACGGUGAUUUCCAAAAUUAAAAAAAUCAGGUCUCUGUUGCAUGCAGGUCGGGAAUGAUACGUUGGAUUGCAUCACAACGAUCUACGCGUGCAUGAUCUGA